AUUGGGAAACUAAUUGGUGCUGCUUUUUUAAUAGUAAAGGGAAUCCAAUGACGACAAUAGAAGAUAGAAAAGCGCGUCAUAGACCCCAUUCUUAUUUAAACGGCCAAGUUCCAUUGUUCUAUUAACAAAAUAUGAAGAUGAAAAUGAAGAGUGUAGGCGUUCUUUUGUUUAUUUUCGUUUUAUUGGAAGUGAUUUGCUGUCAAGGGUGUUUGAAGCAAGAGAGAGAAGCACUUCUCCGUCUAAAUUCCCGUUUUGCUAACACUCUGUCUUGGGUAGACGACACUGAUUGUUGUCAAUGGGAAGGAGUUGAGUGCAACACCACUAUAGGGAGAGUGGCAAAACUCAAUCUUUAUUACAAAUGGCGUUAUUGGGAUGAACAAUGGUAUCUAAAUUACUCGGAUUUUGUAGUCUUCAAAGAUUUGAAGAGUCUCAACUUGUCCUUCAAUAACAUAGCUGGUUGUGAAGAAAUUGAAGGGUUUCAAAAUCUGGAAGUCCUUGACUUGAGUGCUAAUAACCUUGAAGAUGCUGCAAGCAUUCUAUCUUGUUUGGAUGGGCUUUCAUCUCUCAAGUCUCUAUAUUUAUCAUAUAACAGGUUCAAUGCAACUUCACUAAUCCACGUUUUUGAAACACUGUCAUCAAAGUUGCUUAAUCUGGAGGUCCUUGAUGUAAGUUACAACAAUUUGACUAAUGACAUCCUGCCAUCUCUCGGGGCAUUCACAUCUUUGAACAAGCUGUAUUUGUCUGGAAUUGGAUUGGACUCAGAUCUUUAUAUUCAAGGUUUUUGCUCCUUGUUGAUGAAUCUUGAGGUCCUUGACAUGGCCAAAAACAACUUCAGUGAGAGUGAUAUUGGAUCUGCUCUUAGUGGGCUUUCAUAUCUCAAGUCUUUAAAUUUAGGACAUUCGUACAUGACUACGAGAUCAAUUCUUAAUAUUUCAAAACUGAGGUCUUUGGAAAUCCUUGACUUAGCUGUGAACAAAUUGAAUGAGAGUAUCCUAUGGCCUCUAGAGAAUGAAGGAUUUGCAUGGCCAACCAGUUUACAAGUCCUUGGGCUGAGUUCAAACAGUUUCGGUAACAAUUUUCUUUCAUCUCUAAGAGGGUUGGAUCGUCUCAAAUCUCUUGAUUUAAGUUGGAACCAAUUGAAAGGAUCUCUCGAUAUUAGUGCAGGAUUAUCGGCAUUAACGAACUUGCAGUACCUCGAUCUAAGUCUCAAUGAAAUCCACAAUUUUGUUCUCCAUAAAGGCUCAAAAUUUCAAAGCAGAUUGGAUGUCCUUGUUUUAGAUCACAAUAGGAUAAAUGGAAACAAGCUGCGGAAGUCGUUACAAGCUUUCUCAUCUAUUAGGGUUCUUUCUUUGAUUGAAAACAAAUUUAAAGGAACAACUAUUGCUGAUGAUUUUGGUUAUUUAAGUAACCUAGAACACUUGGCAUUGGACGACAAUUCUAACCUGGAAAAUGAGUUUAUCAAAAGUAUUGGGGAAUUGACUUCUUUGAAAGUUUUGUCUCUUUCGGGUUGUCAGAUUAAUGGCUCCCUUCCUGCUGCAGAUUGGUCUAAGCUUAAGAUGCUGGAAGAGUUAGAUCUAAGCUCUAAUAAAUUUGAGGGUUCACUUCCUUCGUCUUUUGUUAACAUGACAUCACUUCGGAGGCUGGAUGUUUCUUUCAACUACUUCUCUGGAAAUUUCGAUUCCAAUAUUGCAAGCCUUUCAUCACUCGAGUAUUUUGAUUUUCAAGAAAACCAAUUUGAUGUCCCUAUUUCAUUCACACCAUUCGCCAAUCAUUCUAACCUUAAGUUCAUUUAUGGUGAAGGUAACAGAGUCAUACUCGACUCACAAGCUAGUUUGCAAACUUGGAUUCCAAAAUUUCAGUUACAAGUGCUUAGUUUGUCUUCAACAGCUGAGACUAAGUCUCUUCCCCUUCCCAAUUUUCUUUUUUACCAGUAUAAUUUGACUAGUCUGCAUUUUACUAGUUGUGAGUUGGAAGGAGAGUUUCCAAACUGGUUGUUGGAAAACAACACAAAAAUGACUCAAUUUUUUGUUAGAAGUUGCUCUUUUACUGGUACUUUCCAAUUGCCAUCACGUCCCCUUUACAGCUUAAGGAGACUUGAUGUGUCUAACAAUGUCAUAACUGGUCAAAUCCCUGGCAACAAUAUUAGUUCAAUCUUUCCAAAUUUGCUAUCUCUGAACAUGUCUAUGAACAAAAUCCAAGGUUCAAUUCCCGGUGAGUUGGGUCAAAUGAACUUAUUGGGAAUAUUAGAUCUGUCACAGAAUUAUUUGUCUGGAGAAAUACCAAAGAACAUAUCUGGGGUUAGGUCUCAACUCAAAUUCUUGGAACUUUCAAACAAUAUGCUAGAUGGACCCGUUUUUCCUACUUUGACAGCUUUGAAGCACUUGGAGUUGUUGUAUUUGGAUGACAAUAACCUUUCUGGUAGCAUCCCGGGUAGCCUUUUUAACACAUCAUUGGUGGCCCUGAAUAUAAGCAAUAAUCAUUUAGUGGGAAAGCUUCCAAGUGUGGUAGGAAAUUCGUCAAUCUUAAUGGUACUUUCAUUGUCCAACAAUCAUCUUGAAGGAUCUAUUCCAAAAGAAAUUGUGGAACUUAAAUCUCUAUUUUACCUAGAUAUCUCACAAAAUAAUUUCACUGGUCUUGUACCAUCUUUUGCCAAUUCUUCUGUGAUAUUCAUCCAUUUGAGCAACAAUAGGUUGAGCGGCUUGUCAAAUGGAAUGUUCGCAGAAAGGUCUAGUUACCAUAAUAUAAGGAUACUAGACCUUAGAUUCAAUGAGAUAUCUACUAGCAUUCAUUACAUUAUACAAGACCUUAGUCGUACAAAGUUGAACAUUCUCCUUUUGAAAGGUAACCACUUUUCAGGGCAGAUACCAAAGCAAAUAUGCCAACUGGUGAAUUUAACCAUCCUAGAUCUUUCUCAUAACAAUAUUUCUGGUCCAAUACCAAGAUGUUUGGGAAAAAUACCAUUUCAGGAUGAGGACCCUCUCAACAUGCAAAUGGGAAUUCCUGACUUUUAUGAUGAUUUAGUUAACCAUCCAUUUCCAGAUAUACGAGAGGAAGCAGACUUCACUACAAAAAAAAGAUCAUACACUUAUACUGGGAACAUCCUUGCUUAUAUGACCGGAAUUGACUUGUCCUACAACAAAUUGACUGGCAGUAUCCCAUCUGAGCUCGGAAACUUGUCAAAAAUUCGAGCUUUGAACUUAUCAUAUAACUACCUAACAGGAAAAAUCCCAGCUACAUUCUCCAGUUUGGUACAGAUAGAAAGCUUGGAUCUUUCAUUUAACAAGUUGAGUUCCAAAAUCCCUCCUCAACUCAAUGAGUUAACUUCCCUUGAAGUAUUUAGUGUGGCAUACAACAACUUAUCAGGUGCAACACCCGAAAGGAAAGGACAAUUCAUGACCUUUGAUGAAAGCAGCUAUGAAGGCAAUCCUUUUCUUUGUGGAUCUCCACUACCAAAAAGUUGCAAUGCUCAUGAACAACCACCUGCUCCUUUACUAAAUGGUUCGUACACUGAUGGGUUUAAUGACAGUUCCAUUGACAUGUAUGUUUUCUGUGUGAGCUUUGUUGUAUCAUACACGUCAGCAUUGUUGGCAACUGCAGUGGCUUUAUACAUCAAUCACUAUUGGAGACAAGCAUGGUUUUACUAUAUAGAGUUGAUCACCACCAAUUGCUACUACUUUAUUGAGGACAAUUUACGGGCCCAGAUUUCCGGUGAGUCCUCACUAGGCAGGGACACGACACGUGGCUGAGGCAGUUGACAGACCGGAUUUUGAGUGGCUGUAGGCUACUACCUUUUUUGGAGUGUUUGAUGUAUUUUAGUAUUUUCGCAUUUGAUGGAUCAUGAUAUUGAUCCUUUAUUUUGUAUAUGGCCUGUAUAUGUUUGGUACAUGUCUAUCAGUUUGAUGCAUGUACAUUUGAGUAUUCAGGAACGUUAUAUGAUGAUGUAGUAUUCAGAUAGGUUUAUGUUUUGAUGGCAUGCUGUUAGAUUUAGUGGCACGGAGCCAUGUUAUGCAUGCGCCCAUGUAUGGGUAUUUGAUUAUAUUUGGAUAUCUGGUAUUUCUGAAUUGAUAUGUUGUAUAAACUGUUUAUCAGGAAAUGCUUCUGAGUGGGAUUGGAAAAUCCCCAGUUGUCCGAGUUAUAGAGGAAACUCUGCCCGAUUUUCGUUUACGCCGAGUAAGAAUUAAGUUAGAAAAAGAAAAAGUUAGCUCAUAUUUUUGUAAGUUAAGUCUUCCGCUGUUUCUGUUUGUAUCAUAUGUAUGUUAAUUGAACCGGCUCGAGACGGGGAUGUUACAUUUAUGGUAUCAGAGCAGUUUCUCUAGGAGAGCCUGUGAAAUAUUGCAUGAACUGUUCGGGUUGUUAUGUUCUUGAGUUUUUCUUGGAAUACUAUGAUAUGCAUGUCUGAUCACCGAGUGUGAGCGUAGCUAACUCAUUCCUUUGUGUGAAAUAUGCAGAAUUAUGGUUCGCCCAAGAAGGACUUCUGAUCCUCCUAUUGACCCGACCGAUCCAAUAUUGGCAGAUUUGGCAAGACCCCGACUUAACCCGCGGGGAAAUACUUCACAGCCAGAUCCAAUGAUAAUGGCCUUAACUGAGAUGCAACAAAAUAUGGCUGCAGCUAGGCAGCGAGAGCUAGAAGUGAUGAUGAAAGCAAAUCAAGAUCUGUUAGAGGCUAAUAGGUUGGCCAAUCAGGAAAUGAUGGCAGCAAGCAGAAUGGCGAAUAUUGAAAUGAUGAGAUUACUCUUGGUUGAGGUGAGGGCGGGUGGGCAAGGUCCACAGCCACAGCCUUUGCAACAGCCACAGCCUGAGCCACAACCACAACAGCCUGUUCCUCCUCCUCAUAAUCCCAUUGUUGUGGAGGGUGAAGGAAAUAAUGAUGUGAAUGAAGAAUCUAGUCACAGGGGUGGUGUGGCACAGCCAGCCACUAA